AUCAAUGUGUCAAAAAUUUAUUUCGUUAUUCCAGUCAAACAGUAGACGUCCCGAAGACAUCCUACGUCGGGAAGGUUUCACAUACGUGAUACCUAGAGUCAACGACUAUACACGUCUAUUUUCAACGCCCACUCGUCGCUCUGCGCCGGCGCAUCCCGAAUCGCCGUGCAGAGAUAAAAAGCCAAGGCCCGCUUCGCCAAUUUCGCCGCUAGAGGACGUUGAACUAAGGGAAAAAAAGGAAGAGAGAAGCACGGAUAGAUUGAGCGCAUCUGACUUCUAUACUGUCACGGAGGAUGUAACGCCGCAGCCAUUUAAAGGAACCUUUGAUGAGGACCUGCUGCUAGGUUCACGCGUGUUAGUGUUUUCGCUGUCAUCGUCAUCGCCCAACUUCUCGACGAUGGUGCUAGCGGCGCACUAUAUGGGCCUUCGCCCCGCUAACACCCUACUCAUCGUGCAACCGAUGCAGGCCCCGCCUACUACGGUGCAUCAGUUCAGCGAAGCAGCGGUAAAAGACUACAACCGGGGGCGGCAUUAUCUAACAGACCUAGCUCGUCGCGCGGCCGUGCCUGUCUUUGACAACGUAGAAGAGGCCAUGGCCUGCGUACUUAACCGAUUGCGCACGUAGUGGUUCAUUAGUUGCGUGCGUAUACUUGGAAAUUUCAUGGAGUAUAUUACUAUUGUUUAUACAAAUAUAUUGUCGCUUUUCGUCUACGGCUGGUAUAUCGUCAUGAUCGUAGAACAAUGUCGGAUUUGAAAAAUAUCCAAAAUCCACUUUUUAUCAUAUUUGGAUACUACAUUGACUAAAUAUUACGGCUACAUUAAAAAAAAAUCAUGUGUUUUAAAUUUCUAGAAAACGGUGUAUUUUAUUUUUAUUAUUUACUUUUGUUUCAAAAGAAACCCUAUUGUUUGUUUGUAUGCCAAUUUUCAUAAUUAUAUAUAAUUAAAAAAGUUAUGACAUAAUACUAACAUGAAUGUAUUAUUUUGAAAUGGCUGCCCUGUAAAGUUUACUAUUUGUCAGAUCCGUCACAAUUCUACGACUAUGACGAUAUGUACAUACUAUGAUUAACAUAGCUUAAUUAUUAGUAACCCCAUACGGUCACUAGUUAGUAUGUACAUGCAAAGCCGGGGCAGCAGUAGUAAUAUAAAGAAUACCAAUGUUGCACAAGUAUGCGUACGUAUGUGCUCGUUUUUAAUGCCGUAGAAACGGUUAAAUCGGCGAAUAGAAUUCUCGAUUAUUUAAGAUUUUAAAAGUUUUACAUCACAGAUAUGAAUCUCAGGCGCAGGCGCGUUCAGCCUAAAUAUUCAUUGAACUUUCAAAAGGCGAUAUUAUUACUGAAGGUUCCGUUUCCACGUUUCACUAAAACUUCGGUUUCGAAGAAAAGCGGUGCCGUUUUCUAACGGCCGUAAUGUAGCGUUGGGUGACGUCACCCAUACGUUGUCUAUAAAUAACAUCGGAGGAGGUUUCCUAGAGAACGUUUAGUGUCACCGUAACGUCAAAUAGCGGUGCUGUUAUUUGCAUGACGGCCGUCGUAGCGGUGAUAAACAUUAGUUCAACGUUUUUCGCGUGUAGCGGUGCCCAUAUUUAAUUAAUACAAUGAGUGGAAAC